AUAUCCGAACCAAACACCUCCCAACAAGACUGAUAAAGAAAGCAAAAAAACAAUCAAAUCCUGAUGCACCAGCAAGGUCAAUACUGAACAAAGCCUUUUUAAUCUCCUCUUCGAAAGGUGAAGACAUAAGCCAAUCAUUCUUAGAAGUAGAUACCAAAGAAAGGAUAAUCUCAACCAGUGAGUCAUUUGAUGCCACUGUGGAGGAAGCAAAUAACUCCAAGAAAUGA